ACGUUGACGUCAGUUUGUGAUUUUAUUACAUAUUUUUAUAUAUAGUUGUUAUUGAUUUGUCAUCUUGAUGAACAUUAUUAAACGUUAAACAACAGAUCAUAGAUCGAGCGACCAUGGAUGCACGCAUACUGCCCGAUAACUCAAAGUGUGAUAUAUAUUCGAGCACGGCCCUGCGACGAAUAUCAGCGCAGAUACCAGCCCGCCUGGUGCUCUAUUUCCUAUCAUGGUCUGGCUUUCUGGUUUCUUUCAUGAUGAGAACAGACAUCAAUAUUGCACUUGUGGCGAUGGUCAAGAUUCCUCCACCAAGUUUGGAAAAUACCACCAACUCCAGUGAACCAAUGCCUGAACUAUAUUGCUAUCGAGUCACCAACCACACUCAAGACAAUAAUAAUAGCACUUCAGUAGUAACGAAUUUUGAAGAAGGAGAAUUCGACUGGUCAACGGCAACACAAUCAGCAGUAAUCGGUUCAUUCUACUGGUGGUAUAUCAUAUCACAAAUUGUAGGUGGUGUAGCUACACAACGUUUUGGAACCAAAAAUGUUUUUGGUUGGUCUCAAUUUUUCACAGCUUUAUCCAGUCUUUUGAUACCAAUUGGUGCCUCAAUGCAUCCGAAUAUUCUCAUUGGCUUACGCUCUGUACAAGGAUUUGCUUCGGGUCUGACUUGGCCAGCGAUGUACGCAGCCGUAGGCCACUGGAUUCCGCUUUCUGAAAGGAGUAAAUUCAUGUCAUCAUUUCAAGGUUUUAGCUUCGGCAUCGGAUUAACCUACGCUAUUUGCGGUUUCAUAAUAUCCCAUUGGGGCUGGCGCGGAGUGUUUUACACUUCGGGAACGAUCGGCAUGCUGUGGUGCGUUCUGUGGUAUUUCUUAGCGUUCGACAAUCCGUCCAAACACCCGCGGAUCUCGCCCAGCGAACUCUCCUACAUCAAAAGCAAUCUCGGAUACUCGGUGGUGGCGGGCGAGAAGGGAAUGCCCGUUCCGUGGAUGUCGAUAUUCAAAUCAUGGCCCGCGUGGUCCAUCGGACUAACGACCUUCGGCCGAAUUUGGGUGCAUUAUACAUUCAUGGUGUCGGGGCCGAUGUACAUGAAGACAGUAUUAGGAUUCAGCAUACAGACGAAUGGGCUGUUAAGUGGAGCACCUUUCCUUUGCAGUUAUGUGGCGUCGGUGUUUUUCUGUUACAUUGCUGACUUAUUAGUAACUAAAAGACUUAUGACAUUAACAAAUGUCAGAAAAUUAUUUACUGCUUUAGCUCAAGUUGCACCAGGCGUGUUAGUUCUACUUAUCGGAUUUCUAGGAUGUGAUAUAGUUUUAGUUCUUAUAAUUUGGUUUAUUGCUGUGACCCUCAUCACCGCUUCAUACGCCGGUGCCAUGGCCAGUAUAGUUGACAUUGCGCCUAAUCUUGCAGGCCCUGUUUUAGCUUUUGCUCAAACUAUACACAUGACAGCGAGUUUCCUAUCGCCGAUUGUUAAUGGAUAUUUAACUAGGGAAAGCCAAAAUCUGGAGACCUGGCGUCAUGUGUUCUACGUUACUUCUGUGAUAGCGAUUUGUACAUAUAUAUUUUUCCAAAUAUUUGGAACUGCUGACAUUCAACCUUGGAACUAUCCUAAUUGCAAAGUGCCUUCCACAAAGGAAUGUGAAACUAUAUUGAAUCCGGCAACUGAAGAGGAAGCAAGCAAGGAUGAGAAGAAAAUAAUCGAUGCCGUAUGACAAAUCAAUAAUGAUCUCUAUUCAUUCGAUACUAAAGUGAUUUGAUCACUUUAUUAGCGGGUUAAUCUGAAACUUGAGCAAGGUUAUCUUAAAGGACGUAAUUAGCUUCACAAUUGUUGUAGUAGUAGGUAUAAACCAUAAGAAAGAAUAUAUGGGCAUCAAGAUUAAUCUUGGGAAAUCUAUUAUAUCUGGUGGUGAAGGUAAUAUGUAAAAGUUUUAUGUGAUCAUCAAUAAUUUGCUUAAACAAAAUUCAUAUUUUCUACAUUUUUGAUAGUAAACGAGCAUAUGUGCAUUUUU